CAGGAGCUGGGUACAGUCGGAGGGUCGGCGGCACUUCCGCUCCGGGAAGGCGAGGUCGGGGCCGAGAUUGCUGGCCGUGAGUUUUGCCUUUCCAGAGCUCUGCCUCUCCCCAGAAGGAAAAGAAGAAAAAUGACCAAGUUCCAGGAGACGGUGACGUUCAAGGACGUGGCCGUGGUCUUCAGUGAGGAGGAGCUGGGGCUGCUGGAUUCCACCCAGAGGAAGCUGUACCGGGACGUGAUGCUGGAGAACUUCAGGAACCUCGUCUCUGUGGGGCAUUCAUCCUCCAAACCAGAUAUGAUAUCCCAGUUGGAGAGAGAGGAAAAGCUUUGCAUGAAGGAGAUCCACACUGAAAGAGGAGGCAGGAAUCAAAAUGAGGUGGAGACUCUUCAUGAAGCAGGAAUAAGGUGCCUUUCAUUGGGAGAGCUUUCAUGUUGGCAAAUCAAGAGACAUGUUGUGAGCAAAUUAAACAAAAAUCACGACUCUGUGAUAAAUAUUCAAGGAAAGAGUUCUCAGUUCCCCGACCAGUGUGAGUCCCCCUGUCAAGUGGGAGCAGGAAUAUGUAUUCAGGCUUCUGUGGAGGACAGCUGUAUCAUGAAUCUUCUAGAGGAUCAUUCCAAGAUUAUUGAAAAGCAAGAAUUUCUGGCUGGAAGAGCUCAUAAUUCUUGGAGUAAAAUAUAUCUCAGUGAAACACAGAAUUAUCAGAGAAGUUGUAAGACUCAGAUGAAAAGCCAGUUAUGUAUAUUUGCUCCAUACGUUAACAUUUUCAGUUGUAUUUCACACCACCAUGAUGACGGUACAGUGCACAAAAGAGACAAAGCUCACAGUAGUGACUGUGGUAAGGUGUCCCCUCUUAUCCAGCAGACCUACCACUGUAGUGAAUGUGAGAAAGCAUUCAGUGAUGGCCCCAGUCUUGAACUUCAUCAACAGGUACACUCGGGAAAGAAGUCCCCCGCUUACAGUGCACAUGAGAAGGACACCAGUUAUAGCCCAGCUGUUCCCAUUCAGCAAAGUGUUUACACAGGAAAGAAACGCUAUUGGUGUCAUGAGUGUGGGAAGGGUUUCAGCCAGAGCUCAAACCUGCAAACUCACCAGAGAGUCCACACAGGGGAGAAGCCCUAUUCAUGCCUUGAGUGUGGUAAGAGCUUUAACCAGACCUCACAUCUUUAUGCCCAUUUGCCUGUCCACACAGGAGAGAAACCCUACCGAUGUGAAAGUUGUGGGAAGGGCUUCAGUCGUAGCACUGAUCUGAAUAUUCAUUGCAGAGUUCACACUGGAGAGAAACCUUACAAAUGUGAGGUGUGCGGGAAGGGCUUCACUCAGAGAUCACAUCUUCAGGCCCACGAGAGAAUCCACACUGGAGAGAAACCAUACAAAUGUGGAGAUUGUGGUAAACGCUUUAGUUGUAGCUCAAAUCUUCAUACCCAUCAGAGAGUCCACACUGAAGAGAAACCAUACAAGUGUGAUGAGUGUGGGAAGUGCUUCAGUUUGAGCUUUAACCUUCACAGCCACCAACGAGUCCACACUGGGGAGAAACCGUAUAAGUGUGAAGAGUGUGGGAAGGGUUUUAGUUCAGCCUCAAGUUUUCAGAGCCAUCAGAGAGUUCACACAGGAGAGAAACCAUUUCGCUGCAAUGUGUGUGGUAAAGGCUUCAGUCAGAGUUCGUAUUUUCAAGCCCACCAGAGGGUCCACACUGGAGAAAAACCAUACAAAUGUGAGGUGUGUGGGAAGCGCUUCAAUUGGAGCUUGAAUCUUCACAAUCAUCAGAGGGUCCACACAGGAGAGAAACCUUAUAAAUGUGAAGAGUGUGGGAAGGGCUUCAGUCAGGCCUCAAAUCUUCAAGCUCAUCAGAGUGUCCACACCGGGGAGAAGCCAUUCAAGUGUGAAGCGUGUCAGAAGCGAUUCAGCCAGGCCUCACAUCUUCAAGCCCAUCAGAGAGUCCACACCGGAGAGAAACCAUAUAAAUGUGAUACAUGUGGUAAGGCCUUCAGCCAGAGGUCAAAUCUUCAAGUUCAUCAGAUAAUUCACACUGGAGAGAAACCAUUUAAAUGUGAGGAAUGUGGGAAAGAAUUUAGUUGGAGUGCUGGGCUCAGUGCUCAUCAGAGAGUUCACACAGGAGAGAAACCCUAUACAUGUCAGCAGUGUGGUAAAGGCUUCAGUCAGGCCUCGCAUUUUCACACACAUCAGAGGGUCCACACUGGGGAAAGGCCAUACAUAUGUGAUGUCUGUUGUAAAGGCUUCAGCCAGAGAUCACAUCUUGUAUACCAUCAGAGAGUCCACACUGGAGGAAAUCUGUAGACAUGUGAGGUGUGGUGUAGCCUUCAGUUAAAGUUCACAUCCUCCGCUCUACUGGAAAAUCGAUGGUGGGAAUUGUGGAAAGUUCCUUCAGAACUCAGAAGCCUCAAGGAAUCUUCACAUGCAAGUAAGCUCUGUAAAGUGCUGUUUUAAGGACUCAGUUGGGAGAUAAAUUCUUUACAAACAUCAGAUUUCACAGAGAGAAAACCUAUAAAUACAGUCAGUGUUUGAGUUCUGAAUGUCCCAAUCUUCAGGAUGCAACGCAAAAGAAUUUCAAAAUUCAUCUGAGUCUACCCAGGAAAGAGGCCUUAUAAAUGAAGAUUAGGGGCAGAACUUUAAUGAAAGUAUCAUAAGGGACAAGUAAAAUUAACGGCAAUGGCAAUGUAACCUCCAUGUAGGGAAGGAUGUUUUUCACUGCUUUAUCUCUACCGUGUAGAAGUGUGCUUGGCUCCUAAUAGAUGCCCAGCAAUUACUGAACAAGGAGAAAAUCUAUCAUUAGGACAAGUAUUUGAAAAUUGUACUCCCCUACCCAGAUUUCAUAAUAACAUACUCAAAAGGAAUCCUGCAAGUAGCCUUAAUGAGAUUUCAGGACAAGUACAGAAAAUCAUGUCAUGCCAUCUGCAGUAAUGCAAAUUUGGAUGCAAUUUGUGAAUGGCCGCCAUCCUCCAUCCGGCCCUGGUUCUUUGUAGUAUGUCAGCCCUUGUGUACAGUGUAAUAUUUAGUAUCAUUAGUUUGUAUUUUAUAGACUGAAAAUACUGUUUUUAACUAAUAACAUACUAUAAUUUAUAUGCCUGGAAAUUUUGGACCCUAAUUCAUUAAGGUAGGAUUUCACUGUUACUCUUUGAAAGUGUUAAAAGU